AUGGUUGAAUUUGUUGUUAAUAAAGUCCGUAAUGUGCCCGAAAAUGAUAUUGAGAAGGACUUUUCUUUAUUUUCGGUGAAUUUUUUACGCCGUUGGAAAACGAGUGGAAGAAAGUCGGAAAACUUUUUAAAGCAAUAUAACUACUGGCUACAGCAUUAUAUCUGCAAGCCAACUAUGGAAAAUUCUGUUCAAACAGUAGGAAGACCUCUUAAAAAUUUUUCUUUGGCGAGCGAUACAACGAAAAGAAUACAUGUAAAAGCAUUAGUUGCAAGCCAUUCGCCCAAAAAAUUAUUAUUUGCAGCACAGUCUAGUCUAAUCAAAACCGGUAACAGAAAUGCAGCCAGUGUUAUAAAAAAGGCAAUAACCUCUAGUCCUACCACCCUAAAGCAUUUUAAAAAGAUGAGUAAAAGUAAAACCGAUCAUCGACCAUACUCUGUUGAAGAAGCACUUGCGCUUAUAACGAAUGCCAAACUAACUACUGCCCAGUAUAAACAGAUAAGAAAAGAAGCCAAAAAAAGAAAAUGCAAUAUCUACCCAUCGUAUAAUAUAAUACUUGCUGCCAAAAAGAAUUGUUAUCCUAAAAAUAUAAAUAUAAAUGAAACUUCUGCUCAGGUUCCUUUGCAAAAUGCCACUGUAUUAAUCGGUUAUGUAUUGCUCAGAAAGAUGUUAUCGAUCACGUAG